CCUUCGUUUCUCUCCGUACACUUGCACCUUAUGUGAAAGCAUGGCUGAGUGUAUGGCAGGUUUAGAAGGACCUUCUCCGUCUGAAGGAGCUUCUAGCACCAACAAACCGACGUGCAUAAUAGUCCUUGGUAUGGCAGGAUCCGGGAAAACCACAUUUGUUCAAAGAAUAACGUCCUUUUUAGGCGAACAAAAGCGUCCACCUUACCUGGUUAAUCUAGACCCGGCUGUACAGGUCGUACCCUAUCCAGUUAACAUAGACAUUCGAGACACUGUUAAUUAUAAAAGCAUCAUGUCCCAGUAUGGCCUCGGUCCAAACGGCGCCAUUGUCACGUCUUUGAAUCUAUUCACAACCAGAAUGGAUCAGGUGAUCAGCUUCGUUGACAAGCAGCCACCAGAAAUCAAGUAUGUCAUUUUUGACACACCGGGUCAGAUUGAAGUCUUUACCUGGUCAGCCUCUGGCAGUAUUAUCGCUGAGAGCUUAGCUUCAUUGUUUCCUACAGUAAUAGUGUACGUUAUUGAUACUGUCAGAUGCGUCAGUCCGGUUACUUUCAUGUCAAACAUGUUGUAUGCUUGCAGUAUCCUGUACAAGUUUCAGUUGCCAUUCAUCAUUGUACUAAAUAAGACGGAUAUUGUGGAUCACAAGUUUGCUCAGGAAUGGAUGAAAGACUUUGAAGCAUUUGAUAAAGCUCUUGAUGAUGAUGAUUCAUACUCAAGCAAUCUCACACGCUCAAUGAGUUUAGUGUUGGAUAAAUUUUAUGAAAAUCUAACCUCUGUGGGCGUGUCUUCUAUAUUGGGAACUGGUGUUGAUGAGUUUUUUAAAGCUGUUGAUUCCGCUAGAGAAGAGUUUCUUGUAGAAUACUUGAAGGACGUGGAAGCAUUGAAAAAGAAAAGAUUGGACAUGGAGUUAAAGAGGCAGGAAAUUGAACUUGAGAAACUCCGCCUCGAAAAGAAAGAGAAAAAAGACAAGAAAGGAAAAGCGACACAGGAGACAACACAGUCAGAUAGUUCAAAGAAAGAGGAAGAAACUGAAAAUCAAAUGAGCUAACAUCACCUUUACCACGAUGACAAAUAUUCUUUUCUUUCAACAUUCAAUCAUUAUUGGAGAAGUAGGGGAAAAAGAGAGAGCUAAGCAACAUCAAAUGAAAUUUAUUUCUUUUUUUUAUAUAAUUUAAUAUUGUUCAUUGAAAACACAAUUCUUAAUAGGAA